AUGGGCUCUUCCAAUGGAGAAGUUGGAAAUCUCCCGGAAGAAAUUUCCGCCUGCGAGACCCAGCUAUCCAAGCUUCGUUCACAACUAGCAGAGGUCGAAUCGAAAGACUUUUCCCAAUCUGCGGAUACAUCGACCGGAUUCGAUACGCUCACUUACGGACGGCUAGAUGUCAUCCAAAACGAGGUCCUGGUGGCUCUCGAUCUUUCUGCCCUACCGCAUCAAGGAUCUCUGGACCACGAUGACUUCGAGCGAUAUCAAUGGCAAAUUCUCGUACCGGAAGUGGGAUAUUAUGAACAAGUUGCAGUAAAGAAGCAUUUUCUCCUGAUGGUCCUGGCCGUGCUGUGGUUACCUAUCUUUCCGGCGCCGGUAUUGGCACCAUCGGCCUACUAG